UGUUGUUGCAGGCGGGCGGUUGUCCUGCGGCUGAGGGAAGCAGCUUUUGUUUCGAGAUGGCGGCGUUUGCCUUCGGCGGGAGGCGGCGGCGGCGCUGGAGCGGCGGCCGCUGAGGGCCCCCACAUCCGCCCCACCCCGUUCCGUCCCACUAGGAGCCCGCUGCUCAUGGCGCUGCCGCCCGACACGGCAGUCGUGAACCUGCUGUCGGAUGAGGAAGGAGGCGAGGCCCAGGCUCAGGCCGAAGCCUUAGGCCCCACCGCCGGUGACGGGGGACCCCGCGACAGGCGCUCCCGCCGGGUCCGGCUGCAGCCGUUGGCGGCGUCUCCCCAGCGGGGCCCCGGCCCUGGCCCGGAGUUGGAGCCGGCCCUGGGCCUGGGACUGAACGAGCUUCAGCUGGAGCGGGACCGGGAGCGCGGGCUCGUCCGCUUCGAGAACCAGAGACUGUUCACCGAGUUUGUUGAGUUCUGUGGGACUUUAACGGAAGAGAACCCGGAAGUGAUCCACUUCCUGCAGAGGAAGUACAGCAAGGCCUUCCCGGAAUAUUUGGCCUCCACGGAGUUCCGCAAUGUGCUGGGCCGUUGCCUCACCCGGGUCCAGGGCAAGAAAAGCAAAGUGUUUGUUUACAUCAACGAGCUCUGCACAGCCUUGAAAGCUAACUCUCAGAAAACCAAACUAGCCUUGGCCAGCAGGGAGAAUUCCAAGAAGGCAGCUGGACCAGGCACUCCAUCCGUUCAGGAUGGCAAAGAGCUGGGCGCGUGCCUGACUCAGGCUGAUGGCCAGUCGGCAGAUACAGCCUCCCCAUCGGUGUCUCAGUCUGACCCUGACAAGAAGAAACGGAUGGGCAGUGGAUCCCGUCGCCAGAUCCGCUAUUUGGAGAACCUCCUGAAGGUCUACGCUGACGAGAUCAAGCGGCUCCAGGAAAAGGAGCUGGACCUGAACGAACUGGAGGACCAGGACUCCUCCUACAUCCAGGAGCACCGGCUGAAGAAGAAGAUGGUGAAGAUCUUCGAGAAGCUAUGCGAGCUGAAGAACUGCUCGAGCCUGACGGGCCGCGUCAUCGAGCAGCGCAUUGCCUUCACUGGCACCCGGUACCCCGAGAUCAACCGCAAGAUCGAGAGGUUCAUCAAUAAGGAGGAUCACUUCCCCGAUUACCAGGACAUCCGCAACAUCAUUCAGAAAGUCAGUGUCAAGCACUCGCUGGGACUGAGGCAGAGGCAGAUCCAGAGCAUGGCGCAGGACGUGUUCCGAGAGGUUGGUAACCGCCUGCAGGAGCGGCGGCACCUUGAUUUGGUGUACAACUUCGGAAGCCACCUCACGGACGAUUAUAAGCCAGGGAAGGACCCAGCCAUGGCAGACGCGGCCUUGGAGAAGAGGCUGCGGUCAAACCGGACCGUUGCUCUUGGCCGCCUCGAUGAGGUGGUGAGGAAAUAUGCUGAGAUCCAGGACAUCAGCGAAAUAGAGGAGGAGGAGAAGAGGAAGAAGAAAAGACUUCUGCAGUCGGCAGUCACCUCCACCUCCGAAACAAACACAGAUGAAAUCAAGGAGGGGCAGGAGAAAGCUCAAAAUGUGAGUGAGACUAAAGGGGAAGAACCAGAGGAAGAUGGUCGUGGCUCCGCUGACGAGGAAGAAGAGGAGGAGGAUGAGGAUGAGGACCUAUCGUCAGAUCCUGAUAUUGAGGAGGAGCUGUCAAAGAUUGAGGAGGUUGUGGCAGCUGAGGAUGGACCACAAGAUGGUAUUGAUGAGAAAGCAGAAGGCAGCGAUGCCGAGGAGGAGGAAGACGAUCAGGGCUCUGCCGAGUCAGCCCAGUCUUCGGAGGAAGAGGACAGCGAGGAGGACGCAGAGUCUGCUGAAGGCUCCCACGUGGAAGGAGGAGUGGGACUAGAGGCCGAGGCUAGCUCCAAGAGCGAGCUUAGCCCCGCCAGCCGGAUGGACAAGUCCGAGAGUGGGAGCACCACGCCAGAGGUGGUGGGUGGCGAUGUUGAUGGUGUCCCUGUGUGCCCCAUGGAGGAUGGAGUGGGCUCGAGUGUCGAGGGGAGUGCUGCUGUUCCUGUUCCUGCUCCCACUAUGUGGGAUGUGAUCAGUGAGGAAGGGGUGGGCACCAGCAGCGAGAACGGGACUGCCCCUGCUGCAGACGAAGGGUUGACGUGUGCUGUUGCUGAGAAGGGGAACCAGCCCGACACAGGAGAAGGCCCCACCUGCCUGGCCGAGGAAGGCCUGGGGAGUGCAGAGGCCAGUCCCCUUCCUGCUGAUCAGGAGGUGGCAGAACCUGACUUUGGGGGCCAAGCCCAACAGCAGGCCAAGAGGAAGCACGCAGACUCCAGUGGACAGAAACUGGGGCUGCCCCUUGUCGGACUGAGCCCCAGAACUGUCCCCGUGGUGGUUGAGGGAACAAUAACAAACGAUGUGUCAGUAUGUGACGAGGGCAGUGCAGAAGCUUCCCCGUGCUCUGAGCCAAAGCCUUCGAUACUGGAGGUUGAGAAGAGUCUGGACGGGAGGACCCCCGUCACAUCAGGGAGAAUGGAUGUUCUGGAAACUGAUGGCUUUGGCCCAGACCUCUAUUUAACUGCAUUAAACGGACAGAAGCAAAAUUCAGUCGAUCUGGACACGUCCCCGGUCGCAAAGAGAAUUAAGCGAGCCCCAGACUUGGAAACAAAAAGUGUGGAUGUGAUUGAACUGAUGGAGUCUGACGAAGGGCUGGAGGAGUCACUGAUGGACUGUGCCCAGUCUGCAGUCGGUGUCAAGCCUCUGCUGCCAGCUGUCGAUUCAACCCGAGCGGACUCUCCCCUCGUCAGUGUGGUCACCAGCUCUCAGCCCAGUCCUGUCGGGCACCCCAGGGUGAACGUGGCCACGCAGUGUGACCCGGAAGAAAUUAUAGUUCUCUCGGACUCUGACUGACACUCCCAGAGGGAAGGUGUUCACUGGGUUCCUCGAUUGCAGGCAGUAAUGUAAAUUGACUUUGCGGCAGGAGACAGCUUGCACUGAUGCUGUGCGCUGCUUCCUCUCACUUGCUUAUCUCUGUGUCCCCCUCACACUCUUCCCUCUGCCCAUGUCCCUGGUAUAAAAUAUGUGUUGCAAGACAAAAACAAAAGAGAAACUGCAAGCAACAUGUCAGUUUUUAAAGAUGUUUGCUUUGUUUCGGGCCUCAGGAAAUUCCUGCCUAUGGAAAUGCCUGGAGCCAGGCCCAGUAACUGGGAUGGGUUCUUCAUCCACAAGGAUCACUCCUAUCAACUGACAGGGAAGGGAAGGGGAGGGGUGGUGGUGGGGGUGAGAUGGAAUCUGUCCUGUUUUGAGGUGAAGGCUUUUUUGUUUUGAAAUUGAUGUAUAAAUCAAUCUACCGUCUUUUGUUCACAGUGCUUUCUACAAAGUGCACUGUGAAAAGUGCUGUCGAUGCAUUUUCAGAUAGCGAAAGGUUAGCAUCACUUUUUAAAAGAAAAAUAUAUCUCUAUAUUUAAAAAAACUUGUGGACUGAUCAAGUGCUUCACUUCAUCCUUUUCAAAACAGCUUGAGAAUGGAUUAACCAGAAAGUGUUGGAAUUAAAUUCCAAUCUGAGAUGUAAUGUUAAAAGGUGAUUUUUAUAAUUAACUGCGCAGCUCCUGUGUCCAUUUUCAGAAGUAUGUUUACAGUUCUCAGUUUUCUUUGUCCUGAAAAUUUUGCGCCUGUGUGGGGCACUGUUUUCUGUUGUCCUGCAGUUCCUUGUCCCUUCGGCUCAUUUGUAUUAGUUACAGCCUCGGAGACCUUUUAACAGAAGUUGCAAAGACCAAGAUUGACAUUUGUAAAAUGGGAAGUGGACCUGGCCCACACUGACCCAACCUUGCAAUCUGCUGUUUGUUACUUCCUGUCAGUGGGGGCCUGUGCUGAGGCUGUGAUGGCCCACAUCCCACCUGCAAAAUUAAAAAGUGUUUGCACACAACACAAGCAGCUGAAACACACUUCGCUGCGUCUUUUGCUAAACCCAGAGAAUAAUGUCUCAUCAUGCAUUGUGUACCAGGAGAGUCCAGCAAGCUCCUGCAAUGAUGCCUCUAAGAUGAAUUAACACAAUAGAGGUGAUUUUACUGAAAUGUCUUAUGAAUAGAAAUUUGCUCACUGCCUUGAGCUGUUCUUGAUGCGUGGUGGGGCAGGAGAGAAGUGUUUGUAAAGAAGGCUUUCUCAGGACCCUCUGUGUUCUCCUUACUGUGCUUUUAAAGAUGAUGAAGUGGGGAGGAGUUGGGGGAAGGAGUGGAGGUGGGCUGAGUUUAGUGGAACUGAAGUGCUGUAUUUUUGACUGGUAUCUCCUGUCUCUGGUGCCAUCUCCUCCCACCACUGCCUGUACCUGGUGGGAGUGGUGGGGAUCGUCCCACAUUCCCAAUGGCUCAGGUCUGCUCUUGCAGAGGUUGGAGAUGGUCAUUCACACAGCAGCGUGGCGAGGUUUGCUUGGAGCAGCUGAGGACAUUCACUAGCUGUCUUAUCCAUGUGUCGAGUUCCUUCCUAGCUUGUGAUAGAAAAAUCACCCUGCUUUUAAUUAAUCCAGAGGCAGAGCCACUGUGUCACGGUACCCCAGAAGUGCCUGCCCUUUCUCUCCACCUUUAAUGACCCACUGAACAACCGUCUCCAAAAUGAGUAGCAAAUCAGCAAGUGUCUGUAAUUUCAUAAACACUGCCAGCACAUAGGAGACUGCCAUCUGUCCCCAGGUAACUCCUGGCUGCUACAGUCUGCUCCUCCCCACUUCCCCCUCAACCAUACUCUGUGGCCAAUCAGCUUCGGCCCCACUGCAACUCUGUAAAGGAAUCUCUCUGCCUGCCACUCCAUGAUUAAACUUCCAUCUCCUCGGUAUGAUUUCCCCCGCCCCUCCAUGACUCUGUCUGGGAUUGGUAGACUUGACCGUGUUGCCCAAGGGGUAACCAUUAGAUUUGUGCAAACACUGAUGGAGAUUGACACCUCUCAGGGAAACUGCAAGUCUCCUGGAGCGCACGGCCUUUCUGUGAGGAGCGUUUGUUUGUGCUAGACAGUGAUUAUUCUAAUUUUCUGUGCCAUAAACUCCCAGUUCUAUGAAGUGCGGUGUCCUUCCAAAUCGGAGGACGCCUCCCCCCUUCACUGUGACUGGGACCCCAAUCAACUCCAACCUCAGCCCUGGCCCUGUUCUUGUUAAUAAUUGCUUCAGGUUUUCGCCAUCUCUCUCCCAGUGUGCCAUAUGUUUUCUUUCCUUUUCAUUUUUCUUUUUGUUUCCUCCUCAAAACUCCAAAUGUUAAACAUAGAUUAUAACACUCUUAUUUUGUAAACCUAACUGCCAGAGCUUUGCGCUCCUCUGUAAGCUCUGAUCGAGUUUUAAUAAGAUGUACACAGCCCAGAAGUAGGUUAGGUUAUUCAACCCUAACCCCUCCAUCUAACCCUAUCGGUGUUUCUUUCUGUCCCCGCCGUGGCUUUUUGUUCUGAGCAUUCGUCUUGAAGAGUUCACCUCCUCUCCUGAGAAGUGAGGUCUGUCCUGAAUUCUCUUUUGGUAACUGCCUCAUGUUUAUGACAUGUCUCUGCCAAUGAAGAUCAUGAAAACACUUCAUGGGUCAGACAGCAGCUGUGGAGGGAGUGGGAGCCACAUUAACACGGUCCCAGUCUCGCAGUGGGUUGAAAUGGGUUUGUUGGACUCACCAGAGUGAAGUGGUGAGCUGGGGAACAGCAUUUACUCUACUUGGUCCUGAACUUGUGUCUACAAGCAAGUUAACUGUUUGGCCAGAGUUCAGCCCAUUUCGCAACUGGUGAGAGGUAGAGAUGUUGUGCUGUAACAUGGAGGGGCUAGAGAGGGUCUGAUCAGGGGGAUCCUCUCAGUGUUUGGUUGUGGACAGUGACAACAUCCAGGAUUGUUUUUAAUUUUCUGAGUGACCAGGUUGAUGUAUAUGGGGAGUCGGACAGUGUGUUCUAUGGGUGCAGCGAACCCUGAUCUCGGCUAAACGUCUUAAAGACCCCAGCAAUUUACAUAUAUUUUGACAUGUAAUGUGUGGUGGGGUUUGUGUACGUUUUAUGAAGCUCUUCAAAAAUAUUUAAUGAACUUUAGGAUAGUAGUGGCAUUUGCCAUGCUGAGAUUUGACACCACUACCCAAAUCCACCCACUUGGACAGUGUCUGUUCCACCCCAUCCUGCAGGCCUGUCUCUAAUCUGCCAGCAGGUCUCUCUCUUUUUUCCCCUCCCAGAUUUAACACAAAAACAGCUUAUUCCCUGACAAGCUCCCCCCACCCUGGUGCACCCUGUUUCAGAUUUGGGAAAAGGAUUUUAUUUGACUCUGUUGCUCUCUGACUGACUGUCCUUUCGCAGCCCCUGUCUUCCUGUUACUCUCCACAGUCUGGUGCUGUUCCUCCUCCCUCUGCUCGAUGAAUUUAUUCCUCUGUCCCUGCCUCAGCCUUCCCUACUCUUUGCCGAACGUACGGCUGCCUGAGGGCAAUCAGUAUAUGUUUGCUGCUGUCCUUAAAAAUUCAAUGGCUGGACUGUUUUUUCAAAGGGCAACCAGACACAUUUAGAUUCUAUUCUUGCCCAGUAGCUUCAUGUUGGGCUGCAGUAACUGGGGUAUAGCUGGUGCAGGGACUGUUCUGAGAGAGACACUGGAGUGAUCUAUCCCCAGGGGCUCAGCGUGAAACAAGAAACCCAACUGAACUGCACUGCACAAGACCGGCCUGUCCCUGACUUCAAAGCAAAGGAGAUUUGAGAAUUGGUUGGAAGAGCCCAUCACAGGGAGAUGAGAGAUUUAUUACUUUUCACACAGCAGCAGAAAGCACCAAACUUUGAUGCUGUGUUGAUUUGAAGGAAGGCCAGGGUGGGUGGGGGUAGAAAUAAACCAGGAUUAAGUAUUUACCUCAAAUGUGCUGUAUAUCUUUUAAGAUUUUUUUAAUUCCAGAGUUAAUUUUCUAUUGACGUCUUAUGAGCAAUUCAAUUGUUGGUUUAGUGUCUCAUUAAAGGUACUGUUUUUGAA